CUUCUCCUUCUCUAUUAAGAAAGCCUCUUUCUUCUUCUCUCUCCCUAUAUAUACACUACUCACAAACACUCACAUACAUAUAUAUACACAAACAUACAAUAUACAUAUUAAUUUACACACAUUUGAUCAUAUACACAUAGUUUUUUUGCUGACGAAAAAAGAGAAUGGGUGCAUUUGAUUAUAUCUCUAGCUUUUGUUCAUAUACAUACGCUAAUGCCAAAACCAAGCGUAAGCCAUUGCAGACAGUGGAUAUCAAGGUGAAAAUGGACUGUGAUGGUUGUGAAAGGAGAGUUAGAAACGUGGUUCGUCGCAUGAAAGGUUCUCUUUCCCCAUCUCUCUCUCUGACUUUGAAUCAAAACUUUCUUCAAUCUCUCUUUUUUUCCCUUUUUGUUUCCAUUUUCUUUAUUCUCCAUGCUUUUCUCUUUUAAAGAUUCUUAUUCCUCUCUUAAAAUUGCAAUUUUAUAGCUGGCCAGAAUAUAUAUAAUUACAAUUACUAAUCAUUUGCUCAAUCCUUUGAUUGGAAAAACUGUACCAAACUUUUAGUCCGAAAAUAUUAUGGGUCAAAUGGUCCCGAAUCUACCUUUAUUUACAUAUGUUAAAAGAGUCCCAUGAAGCAUUAUCAGUAAAUAUGAUCCAAUCACAUUUUUCCAUGGAGUUAUUAGUUUCUUUACUUUAUAAUAAUUUUCUAAUAAAAUAAAUUUUGUAGCCUAAAAAAUAUAGUAAAAGAUCAUAAAUAUGGUAGUAAAACAAUUUGGUAAGAAAAAUACUUUUAAUCUUAAACUCCAACAUAGUAUGAUAUUAUAGCAAACUAGAAAACAAUUUUACUGAUAUAGAUAUACAUUUUAAUAUUACAAAAACUUGAAUGUUGAAACCGACCGGUACAGGGGUGAAAUCGGUGGAGGUGAACCGGAAACAGAGCCGGAUAACGGUGAACGGACACGUGGACCCAAACAAGGUGUUGAAGAGAGUGAAGAGCACCGGUAAAAAGGCUGAGUUUUGGCCUUACAUACCUCAACAUAUGGUCUAUUACCCUUUUGCUCCUGGCAUGUACGAUAAACGUGCACCUGCAGGCCACAUCCGUAAUCCCACUCAAUCGUUUCCAACAGCAAACGCUCCCGAGGAAAAUUACGUUUCCCUCUUCAGCGACGACAACGUCCACGCCGCUUGUUCCAUCAUGUGAGCCAACCAACCAAAAGAUUACUCAUAAUCUCCAUUUUGUAAUUUGUAUACUUUUGUUAAAAUCAAAAGGUAAUGUAGGAACUUUGUAAUAAAAUUAUAGAGACAACACCGGAAUCUAUUUGAUGGUUUAUGUUUCGAACAAUACUUUUUGUCCAAGAAGAAGUCAAAUCAAUAACCAUAAGCUAUGUAGAAUCUUAAAAGUGAAAAAUAGGUAUAAUGGACCAAUUAAGCAACCAAUGUUUGUCUAAUUUCUAUAGGACA